CUUUCCCAUGGCCUCGCUGUACGUGGGCGACCUGCACCCCGAGGUGACGGAGGCGAUGCUCUACGAGAAGUUCAGCCCCGCCGGGCCCAUCCUCUCCAUCCGCAUCUGCAGGGACAAGAUCACCCGCCGCUCGCUGGGUUACGCGUACGUCAACUACCAGCAACCGGUGGACGCCAAGCGGGCCCUGGAGACCCUGAACUUCGAUGUCAUCAAGGGCAGGCCGGUGCGCAUCAUGUGGUCCCAGCGGGACCCCUCGCUCCGCAAGAGCGGGGUGGGCAACGUCUUCAUCAAGAACCUGGGCAAGACCAUCGACAACAAGGCGCUGUACAACAUCUUCUCCGCGUUCGGCAACAUCCUCUCCUGCAAAGUGGCCUGCGACGAAAAGGGGCCCAAGGGCUACGGGUUCGUGCACUUCCAGAAGCAGGAGUCCGCCGAGCGGGCCAUCGAUGCGAUGAACGGCAUGUUCCUCAACUACCGCAAAAUUUUCGUGGGGAGAUUCAAGUCGCAUAAGGAGCGAGAGGCCGAGAGAGGAGCCUGGGCCAGGCAGUCCACCAGUGCUGAGGUCAAGGAUUUCGAGGAAGACACCGACGAGGAGGCCACCUUGCGAUGAAGACAGUAACCCUGGAGCGAGUCAGCCAGCAGAGCCAAACCGCGGCUCUCACUCGGUUUACAGCCCUUCCUCCCCUUUGUUCCCCUUAACAACCCACCAGCAGUGUA